CCUAGCCGCUCCAUACCACCAUCCUACCCCUCUCUUUCUCUCUAAAAACUCUGGAGACUGGAGUGAAGAACCCAGCCCCAAACCUCCUUGGAGCAGCACCCAGCCACCAUCCACUCUUCGUCGCCGAACUCUUCUCCUCGGCAGGAGGGUGCUGUCGUCGCUCAACGUUCCUCUUCUCCUCGCCCUAUUCUCGUCGUCUGCUCGUGGUUGCUCGAUCCUCCUCUGGCGACGUUCCUCCCUCGGCAGAUCUGCUGGGAGCUACUCUCGUCAUCAACGUCUCUGCCCUCGUCAUGAAGCCCGCCUCUUCCCUCAUCAUCAAGCCCGUCUCUGCUCGGAGCUCUUCUCGUCGCCAUCGUGUCUCUCUCUUCAAGCUCUCUGUCUCCCUCCCACGGUUGCUUACUCACAGUAGCAACCCUUGCUUUCACCUUCAUCCUCCGACGGUUGUUCAAGUCCACUGCUCUUCUGACUUUGAGUGUCUGAGAAAAAGUCUGAAGAAAGUUGAGCCCUCUUGAAAGCUGAGCAUUAGCUUGGGAUGAAGCAAAACGUGAGAUUAAGAUUUGAGAGAAAGCAAAGCUGAAAACAUAAGAUCUUGUGACAGAGAUUAAGAUUUGAGAGAAAGCAAAGCUGAAAAAAUAAUAGAGAUCAUUGAUUUUGUGACAGAGAUUAAGAUUUGAGAGAGAAAGCAAAGCUGAAAAAAUAAUAGAGAUGAUUGUCAGAGAUUAAGAUUUGAGAGGAAGCAAAACUGAAACUUGCAUGUGCUUGUUACAUGGUAUGCCCCUCCAAUAAGUUAAAGAGUGAAUUGUGAAUAUAAUUAUAAUCAAUAUAUCAGCUUUCAAGAGGGCUCAACUUUCUUCAGCCUUCUUCUCAGACACCUUGCAAUAAAAAUUUAUAAUCAGCAACCAUCACCAAUACAAACAUGCACAAAUCAAAUACAGUUAACAAUACCAACAACACAUCAACCGGGAUUUAUACAAUUUCUAUCUUAUCAACAAACCAACAACACAUGCAACAUCAGAAAUUUAGAACACAAUCAACAGAAGUUCAGAUGACAAACUCAGAAAUUAAAAUCCAUUACAAUUAGACAAUAAAAUCAGAAAUCAACACAAUUAACAAAAUACCAUCAACAAUCAACCAUAUUAUUUCAAAGAAAAUACCACAAUUUCGGGGCAUCACCAAUGCUAGCCAAGAGCCUUCAAGAACCGGUACGCGGAUUCGAGCCAAUACUCCGGCAACUAGGAGUCUAAUUCACUCUGGGGCUUCAACUCCGGUGAUGCCCCGAAAUGGUGGGAUGGAAAUUGGAAUCUCAUUCUGGCGAGGGUCAUCAAGGAUCAUGGAAUCCUUCUUGCAAGGUGUCUGAGAAGAAGGCUGAAGAUCAUGCAAGGAAGUUGAGCCCUCUUGAAAGCUGAGCAUUGGCUUGGGAUGAAGCAGAAUGUGCCAAGUAUAUGCCCAGGUUCAGGCAUGAAGAGGUGAGGAUUCAAUCAUGUUAUAUGUACGGUGCCAAACUGCCAUUCAACACCACUACCAUUCAAAAAAGCGGUGAAGAGAUUAUACAGCAUUUGGACCUGGGAAAUUCUAAAUAGUAGUAGUUGCAGGAAAGUUGUUACUCCGUUUUCUUCAUUUCCAUUAUGUGAGUACUAGCUCUAAGUGUCCUUGUAAAGUCUAAUCAUCCAAAGGACAAGAUUGGAUUAUAGUUUAUUUAGGCCGAACAAACUUUAACAUUCAAACGCAUGUUUAUUCUAUUAUGGAAACUAAUCGAAAAUAAAAGGAGAGGAGCAUUCUUCCUCUUUCAUUGCGAGAGAACAAAAAAAAGCAGAGAGUGAGAGAACAAAAAAACAGAGAGUGAAUCCCAUGGCUCAUCUCAAAAUGUUUGCAACUUUCCUUUUUUUAUCAUGUGUGUGCGGGUAUUAUCUAAUAAUAAUGAUAGUGAAAUUAGUCACAAAGAAGCUGAGUACUUGUUGAAGUUUAAAGAAGCCGUACACAAUCUUCCCUCUAAUUGGUUCGAUAAUGAUACUGUUAUGUGCGAUUGGGUUGGUGUGGUUUGUGGUUACUUUCCCGCCACUAAUUUUCGAUAUAUAGAAAAGAUCCAGCUCAAUUCAAGGCACCUCAACGGAACAAUUCCUUCGGAUAUUAACAAGUCUCUUGUUAAUUUACGCUAUUUUGAUCUUGGAAACAACUCUCUAAGUGGUCAUUUGCCUUCUUUUUCGAAUCUCUCUUACCUCCAAUAUCUGUAUUUGUCCUACAACAACUUCAUCUCCAUUCCUCACGAUUGCUUAUGUGGUUUAGAAAAUUUGGAACUCUUUGACUUGAGGUACAAUACUAACCUCUCAUCUUGGACUUUUCCCACCAACUUGAACACCAACUCACGCCUUACCAUCAUCAACCUCGAGAAUACAAACCUCAUAGGCUCCUUGCCGGAUAUCUUUGAUUCUUUUCCCGUAUUGCAAAAUUUUGAUCUCUCUGAAAAUAAUCUCACAGGAGUGUUGCCUAAAUCUUUUUCAAAACUAACCAGGUUAACUAUAUUGAAACUCAACCACCCGAAGGAUAAUAAAUUGUCGGGUACAAUUCAAUUUCUUUCCUCUAUGCCACAAUUGUUUCAAGUGAAUCUUGAGGGGAACUCAUUUGAGGGUUCUAUUCCAGACCUAUCCAAUUGCAAACAUUUGAAAUAUCUGUCCCUGGCAAAUAAUAGAUUAACAGGUGUAGUUCUACCUUCUCUGGGAUUGCUCAAUGAAAUCUAUCAAGUUUCGUUGGAAAACAACUGGUUGCAGGGUCCUCUUCCUUUAUUUAAUAAAGUUCGGACUCCAGAAGUAAAUCUUACGUCUAAUGGAUUCUGUUUAGAUCAUCCUGGGCCUUGAAGCUUGGAAUUUCAUUACAUGUGAUGAUAAUGGCAAUAUCAGAACCGUUAAUUUAACAAAUUUGAAUUUGACUGGGUCAAUAUCCCCUUCAUUCAAAAAUUUAACGGAUCUGUGUCAAUUAUAUCUUGGUGGAAACAGACUGAAUGGGUCCAUACCAGAAAGUUUGACAAGCUUACAACAACUCAAGUUUUUGGAUGUGUCCAACAACAAUCUAUCGGGAAAUCUUCCACCAUUUUCAAAAAAGAUCAUGGUCAUUACAACGGGCAAUAUUUUUCUUCAACAGUUUCACUCAUCUAAAAUUUUGCUAUCUUCUGCUUUCAUCAUAGGUACGCUCAUUAUUAUUUCUAUAUUGAAUAAUGGUAAAGUUACAAAAAUAAAAAAGAAAACAAAAUUAACAUGUUAAACUUAUAAAUUUAUACAAAUAAGAGAUUGCAUACAAAAGUAGUAAAGUAUUGGAAAAUAAAAUUUGUCC